AUGCAGGCCGAGAACAGCCAGGAAUCCAAGCGGAGCAGGCCCAAGCGCUCGCAAUGCUUGGCUAGGACUGACCGCGGCUCUCUGCCCGUCAGCCCUCAGUCCCUCCCUGCGGGCAUGGACUUGUGCUUCGUGACGGCGCGCGUCAGACCAACCCAUCACAAGGUUACCCCAGCACUCUCCGCCCUCUCAUUUCGAUGCGAGCCAGCCACCAACCACCACACCCCACACACCCCAGAUGACACUGCUACUGUGUGCAGUGCAGUCUACAGCGCAACAGUAGCAUCGCUGCCACAGGCGGGCGAGGGUGCGUGGGUGCAACGCCGGCAGAUAACCGUUCUGGAUGGCACCCUAAAUGCCACCAACAGGUUCUAG